CAAAUUAUAAUUUUUAGAAGUCGAGUCGGUGCAUUUUUAUAACCUUUGCUUUUGUAAUUUUGAAAAAUAACUAAAAUUACACUUUCUCAUAAAAUUAGAGUUGGCAAGAUUCAAUAAAAAAAUAUGGAAGGCUUUGAAGUAAGGGUUUCGAAUACCAAGAAAGGAAAAGGUCUGUUUGCGACGAAGCAAUUCAAUGAAGGAGACGUGAUAUUGUCCGAGGAACCGCUGGUGUCGUGUCAAUUUGCGUGGAAUGCCGCUUAUAGGUAUUUGGCGUGUGAUCAUUGUAUGAGGCCCCUAGAAACCCCAGAACAAAAUGUAAGGCGACUCUCAGCAAAGCCUGAUAUAGUUCUGCCGCACUCAAAUUGCUUUGAAACUGAUCUACUGAAUAUCACAAGCUGUAACCAAUGUGGUAUACUGUAUUGUUCUGAAGAAUGCAAGGAUGUGUCUUAUGAGAAGUAUCACAGAGUUCUCUGCUAUAUACAGAGUGAGACGCAACAUCCAGCUAAUGUGUUGUUGGAAACUUGGAAACAAAUCCACUAUCCACCAGAGACAGCGAACAUAAUGCUUCUUGUAAGAAUACUAGCGUAUAUCCAACAGCAUUCAGACCCUGAGUCAGCGGCCGCUACCAUCAAACAGUUCUGUCACAGGACGGUGAACGAGGAUGCUGAGUUGGUACACAAGUUGCUGGGCGAUGAGUUCUCAAGUCAGAUUAGUACAUUGAGGGAGAUGACUGCUAAUGUUAUAAGUGGGGAAUAUAUACAGGAGUUCCUAACACCGGAAGGAUUCUGUUCACUGAUGGCUCUAGUGGGCACCAAUGGCCAGGGCAUCGGCACAAGUCCUCUUGCGCUGUGGGUCAACUCAGUGUCAAACUUGACAAUGUCAGACGAUGAGAAGCAACAGCUACAUAUGUUUAUUGACAAACUCUAUCAGUAUGUGGAAGAAGAAUCUGGUCAGUUCCUCAACACAGAAGGUUCUGGACUGUUCCUGUUGCAGAGUGCUUGCAACCACAGCUGUGCACCCAACGCUGAAUCCUCAUUUCCUUACGGCAACCACAGGAUAGAGUUGAAAGCUAUAAAGACCAUCAUGCCCGGGGAGGAGAUAUACAUCAGUUAUUUGGAUGAGUGUGCAUUGCAACGAUCGAGACAUUCAAGGCAGAAGGAGUUAGCAGAGAACUACUUGUUUGUUUGCUGGUGCGAGCGGUGCGUGGCUGCCAGCUCCGAGCCUGACUGCAGCAGCGAGGAGGAGAUGAGUGAAGAGGAGGAGGACGCGGACGACUGAUGCUCCAACAUCCUCGCCCUGUGUCUGCUGGGCCUCUGAUAGACUGCAUGAAGUGAAGUGAAAGUGAUAGACUGUGAAGUGAAGUGAAACUCUGAUAGACUGUGAAGUGAAGUGAUAGUGAAGUGAAACUUUAGUUAAGGGACAAAACUCAUUAUAACGCUCAGACCUACGUUUUAAAGGUUACGUAACAUAAACACCACGUCUCCGGGCAAGUUUAACGCGCGCUUAGCCUCAGUUACCGUAGAGGAGCCGAUGAGGGGAUUUUUGCAGUUACUCGAGCGCGGCAGAUAAACAUAAGCCACUAUAUCUUGCACGUUGUUGAGUACCUCCACCAAGUAUGAGCCCUUAAUAUUGGUAGAUAUGUUUAUUGUUUAGGGCUACCAAAAAAAAAACUAACUUCAGAAAUACUCAACCAGAACGUCAGAUAAGGAUAAAGUAGGUUAAUUACUUAAAGGUGUGCAUCUCGAACAUCUAAUGAUUUGAGCGUAACAUACUGGAAUGGGAGGGUCCCAAAGAAACAAAAUAAAACCUUUAUAAUUUAGUUCUCGAGUUACAAGUGCAAUUGAUUUUUUACUUAUUUUGAAGGAAAUAAUCUCUUAAUUAAUCACUAAAAUUUUUUAACAAUUUCAGUUAGCAAAAAUAAUAAAAAUUGCUUUUAAAGUCUGUACUUUUUUUUCCACCGCUAAAAGCAAAAAAAGUUAGGUAAUAAUUCCUAUCAUUUAAUCUACCAAAUGCAAUCUGUGCCCAUAACGCUUUAGUAACUGCAGAUUUAUCAUCCCGGGCUCCCCUACUAUUACGUUAAGUAUGAUUUGAGAGCUGGUGGACAUUCUUGAGUAGGUAUUUGGGGCAAGUCGAAAGAUUGUCCGGUGUCGCUGGGUAGACAGUGAGGUUAUAAUGAGUUUUGAGCAUAAAAGUGUAGUAUAUUAUGCUGUUUAAAAACAUUAUUUUCAAUACAGGGUGAGUUUAUGAGACAGCCAUUGUACUAGCAAGUAUGAUGAAUUAAAGUGUUAAGGAGGAGAUAUGUUUAUGCAUUGGCAUUUAUAUAUUUUAAGACAUCAAACUGAUUCAUAAUCAUUAAUUUGUCAUGAAGUUUAAAUUAAAAUACUUUUGAUGAAAACAUAGGCACUUAUGGGAAAAGGUCUAUCUAACUUUUUCUAUAGAUGUUUUAUUUAUUAAUCAUUAUGGUGUUCAAUUCCAUUCAAUUUUUUGAUUUUAUGGCUUGCUGCUGUACCAACUGGGUACAAUUUUCUUCACGAAUGUCACGUGGUAAGGAAGACAAACUUUCAGAGGUUGAUUGGUAAGGUAGGAAUCAAGAAUUGAUUAAUAUCCAGCUUAAUUUUCACACUAUAAAUAGCAGAUUUUUUUUUGUUAGCGUAUUUAGUCACAUUUCUAAAAAAAAACACAAAAUUAAUAUGUUGCUUUGAUUGUAAUUGUAAGGUGACAGGACAAGAACUAAAAGAAUGUCAGCAAAACAGAAAUACAUUGUUAAAUUAUUUAGAAUGAAAUAUAGAAAUUGUUGUUUAGCAAUCGUUCACACAUAUUCCUUCCCAUAAUCUUUAACGAUUUGUCCAUUUUAAAGUAGGCUACGAUGGAUGUAAUAUAAGUGAAUCAGCCAUAACAAGCGACAUAAUAAACUGUUUAGACCAAUGAUAUUUAUACUAGAGAUAUGGCACUAGCACGUCGAAACUGAGGCAGACAAGAGACGUGAUAGCCCAGUGGAUAUGACCUCUGCCUACGAUUCUGGAUGAUGUGGGUUUGAAUCCGGUCAUUUUAAGAAAUUAAAUAUCACAUGUCUCAAACGAUGAAGGAAAACAUCGUGAGGAAACCUGCAUACCAGAGAAUUGAGAGAGAGAAUUGCGUGUGUGAAAGUCUGCCAAUCCGCAUUGGACCAGCGUGGUGGACUAUUGGCCUAACCCCUUCCAUUCUGAGAGGAGACUCGAGCUCAGCAGUGAGCCGAAUAUGGGUUUAUAGCGAAACAACGGAAAUUAUUUAAACAAUUAAUACCUAAAUAUUGUCUACAAUGUAGACUUGUGAAGAAUUUAUAAUGUAAGUAAACACAAAAUUGUGCAUGUGUAUUGUGUCCGCUCAGUGGAAUAGCUCAGUUCGGAUCACUUUUUGCAGUGGAUUUGUGGGCACAUAACACAUCUAUAGUAUAAAAUAUUGUUGGUUUUAACUGUAUUUAUAUUCCAUAAAAACAGCGUACAUAAGUUGUUCCAGAUGCUUAGCGGACUGCAACUAUUUGACAACUAUAUAAAAAUGAUAAUUUUAUACUAUAGAUUGGUUAUGUUCCUACAAAAUCAUCGCAAAAUGUGAUCCGAAUAAUAGGCUACAACACUGAGCGCACAAAUGUCUUUAAUUCCAUUAUAUAUUUAUGUAAAUUAGUUUUUACACUUCCUGAACUCGACAUUAUAGACGAUAUUUAGGUAUUAUUUGUUUAAAUAACAUUCAUAGUUGACCACAACUAACAUUGAGUUCUGUAUAAAUUUCCUCUUUUGAGCGCCUCAUUUUUCAUGCGCUAGUAACACAUCUAACAGUAUUUAAUAUCAUUGCUAUUUGACAUAAUUCAAUGAGCCGAUCGAUUGUUAAUGAUAUUGAGACGACAUUAAGUACAAUAUAUUGUGUCGUUGGUUAUACCUGGUGUACCUUAGGCUUAUAUUAGGCUUAAAUAAGUUAGUAAAGGGACCUAGACAUAAAUACGGCCUAAUUUCUCUAUCGAAUUAAUUAUUAUAAAAUAGUGGAUAUCAUAAUUAUAGCUAUUUUUCUUAAAAAAAUAAAAAAUAUAUAUGUAAUAAAAUGUAAAGUGGUCGAAAUAGUUGGAAGGCACAUAUUUUAGAUGAUGGUGAUAAAUUUUAAUAAAUUCUUAUUAUAGAGGUAAAGUGUAUGAUAUAUGAGGUUGUAGAUGGUAAUCUCUGGAACCGAUUUUGAAAAUUCUUUUACCAAUAAAAAGCUACAUCUUCAGUGAGUAACAUAGACUAUAUUUUAUCCCCGUAUUCAAAAGAACUACGCGAAUGAAACAGAGGCAUCUGCUAGUUAUUAAUAAACUGGAUCGUCCGUGUAAUUGUGAACUUUUGUUUUGUUGUCUAUAAAUAAACUUUUUAGCUUCAUAGACACUAUGUAAUGUAUUGAGAUGCUAAUAAAUAGUACAUUAUGAUAUAAGUGCGUUAAGUUGAAAAUUACAGCCAAGGCGAUAUUGCAGCUCGAGCCUAAGGCGAGAGCUAUAGUAUGGAAACAGCUGUUUUAGGUGCAUUUUCAGACAAAUGCACCAAAAACAGCUAGUAUUACUAAUAAAGUAAAUUAAUAUUUUUGUGUUUCUGAUACAGAUAAAUGGUUGUCAUUUAUUGUCAAUAUUAUAAUAAUUAAAGAAUGAAAUGUUUUUUUAUUAUAGUUUAUCUUACAAAGUGAAUUUUAUUCAUAAAAUGUUGAGCAUUUUUCUGACAUAAAAACUCUUUGCCAAGAUAUAAAAAAGUACCGUUCGUUAUUAGACGGAUGAUAAAGGUAAUUACAUUACGACACAUGUGCAUUUUACUUUACAUUACGGCACACGUGCGUUAUUAGAUACAUUAUUUUUUUGAAAUUGGUGAAAUAAGCGAUACUUUACGAGCAAAUGUGUUACAAAAUAAUUUACAUUAUGUAUUGUAUAGCUGUAUUUAUUGGGUAGGAACUUAGUAAAGUAAGGCUUAUAUUAGGCAGAUUGUCAAAUGGAACAUAGACCAGAACCAGAAUAAGAAAUUAACAAAUUGUAAUUAUUUUUUAAUGAUAGAUAGUGGCCUCGCGAGCUACGAAUCCAUUUGAGCUUUAUUUUCGUGGCAUUUUGCAGUCUCUGCCACCACCAGUGGCGUGCAUAAGGUUGCCGAUCAGGCUAUGGACUAUUAAGACAAAUUAACCAAACAGGAAAAAUCUGCAUUUCUUAUGCAUUAAAAAAAACAUUUCUUAGGGUAUGCAGUGCUUUAAUGCAUGUAUGAAAUGCACGCCACUGGCCACGCAUAGUUGUGUUAAAACAAAAAUUAAUCUAUAAUAUAAAAUGUAUAUUGUAUAUUUUAAUUACUAUAUAUACUUAUUUUAUUACAAAAGAAAAACAGUAAGAAAGAAAAUACAAGAAAACAUAGUAAACAAAUAUGUGCAAAGGCGAUCUUAUUGCUUAUAGCAAAAUCUGCCUAAUAACCUUUGGAUAGUGGAAUUUAAUGUAUUAAUAUGCUGGAUAGUGCAAAAAAGAUACACAGACAAAUACUGCAUGUUUUCCCACCACGCUGCCCUGGAUUGGGGUGGGGUGGUUGGUCUAAGCUCCAUAUUAUCAUCUUAUUAGGAAGAAGGCUUGGUCCAGUACUGUGUCGUUAUAAUAGGCUUAUAUAAAUCAAGGGAUAGGCCAAUAUGGAUCUCAAACACAAAAAGGUCCUCUUUAUUUGUCACACUGAUUCUUUAUAAUUCAUUCCUGAAUUUAUAUAGACCUUAAAGCAUUUCUUUAUGAAGAUAAUAUUUAUUGUUGUUAAUAACUCUCCUGUUUAGAUAUUAAAACAAGAUAUAAUAAUUAUUAUAUUAUUGUUUUCAUGUUACUAUAAUCACUUAAAGUGUUUAUGUUAAUUAAAAUCUUGACUGUUCGUAAUAAAAGAAUACUGAAAUAA